UUGGCCCUUUUGGCCCUGUACCGUCUGUACUGGAGCCCAAUUGCCCAUAUUCCCGGACCGAGACUGGCCGCUCUGACUGGAUGGUACGAGACUUUCUUCGAUGUCUUCCAGGGUGGUCAGUUUACCUUUCAAAUUGAGGCGUGGCAUCAGCAAUACGGACCCAUCAUUCGUAUCAACCCAUGGGAGGUUCACAUCUCAGACCCCGACUUCUACAACCAGCUGUACACGGCGACAGCCAAAUACAAGAAGCCCGAAGACUGGCGCUUCCGGUUUGGACUCGAGAACUCGACCUUCGACACGAUCGACCAUGACCACCACCAUCGACGACGGGGUCCGCUGGGCACCUUUUUUGCGCGAUCCAAGAUCCUCGAGUUCAGCGCCUACAUCCAGCAGCAGACAGACAGAAUGGUUAACCGGCUGCAGGACGAGUAUCGCGGGCAGGUAGUUUGCUUGAACGAGGCCUGGGGUGCGUUGACGAUGGAUAUCAUCACCUUCUACGCGUUCGGGCUGUCCUACAACUUUUUGGACUAUCCGGACUUCAAGGCACCCUUUACAACCGCAAUCCAACACCUGGCUCGCUCACUGCAUGUGGCAGGCCAUUUCCCCUUUCUUCUCACAGCGUUGAAGGCCCUUCCAGACUCCUUGGUGGCUAUUCUAAGUCCUACCAUGAAGCCGGUUUUUCAGUUCCAUGAGGCAUGUUCCGAAAUAGCGGUGCAAAUCCGUCACGUCACCUCAGGCCAGAACGACCGCCAUAAGACAGUCGCGCACAAGACCGUCUUCCACGAGAUCCUGCACUCAAACCUCGAUCCGAUCGAGCUGCUCCCCGACCGACUGAAACACGACGGCGCCAGCAUCGUCGGUGCCGGAGUCGAUACCACCAAGACAACCCUGUCCGUCGCCUGCUACCACAUCCUCGCCAACCCCGACAUCCACGCCCGACUGCGUGAGGAACUCGAGGCUGCGAUGCCCGUUCCUGCGGCGCCCCUGUCGCUCACGGAGCUGGAGUGCCUGCCUUACCUGACGGCCGUGACCAAGGAACAUCCUAACUUCGGUACAGCCCUCCGCCUUGCCAUCGGCAUCGCCCAGCGCCUCCGCCGGAUCAACCCCUCAGCCCCAAUCCAAUACGGCUCGUACACGAUCCCCCCAAAUACGGUCUUCGGCAUGAGCUCGUACUUGCAGCUCCGGGACGCGCGCAUAUUCCCCGAGCCUGACACAUUCCUGCCCGAUCGGUGGUUGGGUGAGCCGGUCGCUCCAAAUGGCCGGGCACUGGGCCAGUAUCUGGUGCCGUUCGGGCGUGGCCCGCGCAUGUGUCUGGGGAUGAAUAUGGCGCAGGCGGAGAUCUACAUCGGCUUGGCGGCGGUGUUUCGGAGGCUGGAUCUCGAGCUUUGGGAGACAGGAAGGGAGGCUGUGGAUAUGGCGAGGGAAUUUUUUGUGCCGAUGGCAGCGGAUGGCACGAAGGGAGUGAGGGUUGUUGUGAAAUAG